AUGACUAACGCUCUGUACAAUAGCGCUUCCACUGAAGUAACGAAAAAAUUGUAUCUCAAUGAAGAAUUCUGUGACAUUUAUUUUGAGUUUAACAUUGAUGAUGCAAUUCAGAAAAUUCCGGCAAAUAAGGCAGUUCUGGCCGUACUGAGUCCAGUGUUUCGAGCGAUGUUCUUUGGAUCAGUGAAAGAGGAAGGAGACGUACGGAUUGUCGAUGCAGAUAUCAUAGCGUUCAAAGAGUUUCUUCAGUUUUUCUACUUGAGCGAGGUGAAAUUAACGAUGGAAAAUAUUGAAACGGUUGCACGUCUGGCCGAUAAAUACGAUAUCCUUGAUUGUGUCAAUGCCUGUGCCACAUUUCUCGAAGGUCAACUAACAUUAGACAAUGUGUGUUGGGCCUAUCAAUUGGCAAUGUUGGUUAAAAAUGAAGCGUUAAUUGAGUUUUGUGAAAAUAGAAUCUGUGAAACACCGAAAGAUGUUUUUGCUUCGGACGAAUUUUUGCGUUGUGACAAAGAAACACUGGAGCAUAUCCUAGAAUUGAAUUUGACAUGCAGCGAAGCGGAAAUAUUCAACGCUUGCCGAAUGUGGGCCGAACAUUCGUGCAAACAAAAUGAUUUGAAUGAAAAUGAUUCGGAGCAUUUGAAAGCGCAACUUGGCAAUUGUCUCCAAUCGAUUCGCUUCAAUGAGAUGAAAGUCGACGAAUUUACUGCAUUGUAUGUGAAUUACAACGGUUUAUUUACUUCAGAUGAAUUCGAAGACAUUAUGCUUUCUUUGACAGUAAAGGAAUAUAAAGCGAAAAUCUUCAAACGACAACCACGAAGAUACAUUUGGAAUCGAGAUAGAGUGGUGUACUGCAAACGAAGAUGCAUGUCUGGGUCACAGCAACGGUCCAUACAAAUGCCCGAACGGAUUACAUUCACAUCGAACUAUCCACUGCUACUUGGAGAAAUUUGCACCUUUUCAACGUCAUCAGGAUCAUACAAUUAUGAUAUGUACAACAAUACCGUUCUUGUGUCCAUUCUUGAACUGUCAAAUCACACUUUUCACUCAAAUUCAUCGAAGAAAUUGCUCUAUGAAGACACCGCCAAGAGUUGGAAUAACAGCCAAUUGAACUUUCUUUUACCUCAACCAAUUUUAAUUAGGCCACAAAUUCUAUAUGAAAUUCGGUUGGAACUGUCUUGCUACGGCAGCUUCAGCUCUUCAACUCUUAAGCCAACGGUUGAAAUGGAAAAUGGCCUCAUUAUUCAUUUUCAUAGGAAUCCAUCACUUGACUACGACAACUCUUCAUGUAGCUGGGUCUCACAGCUCGGCUUCAAUAGAUUUUAA